UAUCAUUUUUGCCAAAACCACGUGUUCGCGGUACUUACAUAUUAAAAAUGGGAAAAAAGUUAACAGCGAAAAUUGGACCUUCGAUUUUGAAUGCGGACUUGGCGCAACUUUCAGAAGAAUCACAACGAUUAAUUAACAAUGGUGCGGAUUAUUUGCACUUAGAUGUUAUGGAUGGACACUUUGUACCCAACCUCACUUUCGGACACCCAUUAGUAAAAUGUCUCCGUAAUAAAGUAAAAGAAGCUUUUCUUGAAACUCAUAUGAUGGUUUCUCAUCCAGAACAGUGGAUAGAACCUAUGGCUGAUGCUGGCGUUAUAUAAUUUACAUACUGAAUGAUCUACAAAUUUUUUAUAAUCAUUUCAUCAUAAGUCUGUUAAAUUAAGGCAUUUUAAUUCAAAUGUUUUUAAUAAAAGGUCGGAGUAGCACUUAAACCUGGAACACCAGUAGAUGUAGUUGUAAAUUAUGUUGAUCUAGCAGACAUGGUAUUAAUUAUGACUGUAGAACCCGGUUUUGGUGGUCAAAAAUUCAUGGAACCAAUGAUGGAAAAAGUAGCAUGGCUAAGAAAAAACUAUCCUACUUUAGAUAUCGAGGUAGAUGGAGGUGUUGGACCAUCUACUAUUGAUGCAUGUGCAAAAGCUGGGGCAAAUAUGAUUGUAUCUGGGACAGCAGUCAUAGGUUCCUCUGAUCAAGCCAAAGUUAUAAAGACAUUAAGGGAUACAGUAAAUUGUGCAUUAGCAUAGCUGAAAGU